GAGAGUAGCUUCAGGAUGUUGAAGGAGGAUCCACCAAAGAGGAAGACCAGGCACCACGGACCCUCUGGCUUCUCCUUUUCCUCUUUGACACAGACCCUUCCCUGUAAAAAGGAAGAGGAAGACUCACUGACCCCCCACAUUAAAGAGGAAGAGGAGGAACACAGCGUUAGUCAGGAAGUGACUGGUGUCCCUGUGAAGAGUGAAGAUGAUGAGGUCAAAGGUGAGAGUGAGGAGAAGAGAGAGGCGGAGCCUCCAAGCAGCAGCUCAACACAACACAUGACAACAGAAGCUGAUGGAGACCACUGUGGAGGAUCACAAGCAGACAAGAUCUUAGCUCCACUAUCAGAUAGUGAGGACACAACGUCACACUCUCCUGACACUGAUGAUGAAGACUCUAAAGAUGAUGCAACAUGUCACACUGACAACACUCACUUCACAUGUUCUCACUGUCACAAAACCUUUAAUGACCAUUGCAAUAUGAAAGUACACAUGAAAACACACACUGGUGAAAAACCUUUUUCUUGUUCAUUCUGUGGUAAAGGUUUUACACAAAAGCGAUCUUUGAAAAUACACAUGAGAAUACACACUGGUGAAAAACCCUUUUCCUGUUCAACCUGUGGUAAAGGUUUUACACAAAGUCAACAUUUGAAAGGACACAUGAGAACACACACUGGUGAAAAUCCCUUUUCCUGUUCAACUUGUGGUAAAGGUUUUACACAAAGUCAACAUUUGAAAGUACACGCGAGAAUACACACUGGUGAAAAACCUUUUUCCUGUUCAACUUGUGGUAAAGGUUUUACACAAAGUCACAGUGUGAAAAGACACAUGAGAACACACACUGGUGAAAAACCUUGUAUCUGUUCAAUCUGUAGUAAAAGUUUUACACAAAGUCAACAUUUGAAAGGACACAUGAGAGCACACACUAGUGAAAAACCAUUUUCCUGUUCAACCUGUGGUAAAGGUUUUACACAGAGUCAAAAUUUGAAAAUACACAUGAGAACACACACUGGUGAAAAACCUUUUUCCUGUUCAACUUGUGGUAAAGAUUUUACACAAAGUCAACAUUUGAAAGGACACAUGAGAACACACACUGGUGAAAAUCCCUUUUCCUGUUCAACUUGUGGUAAAGGUUUUACACAAAGUCAACAUUUGAAAGUACACGCGAGAAUACACACUGGUGAAAAACCUUUUUCCUGUUCAACUUGUGGUAAAGGUUUUACACAAAGUCACAGUGUGAAAAGACACAUGAGAACACACACUGGUGAAAAACCUUGUAUCUGUUCAAUCUGUAGUAAAAGUUUUACACAAAGUCAACAUUUGAAAGGACACAUGAGAGCACACACUAGUGAAAAACCAUUUUCCUGUUCAACCUGUGGUAAAGGUUUUACACAGAGUCAAAAUUUGAAAAUACACAUGAGAACACACACUGGUGAAAAACCUUUUUCCUGUUCAACUUGUGGUAAAGAGUUUAGACAAAGUCAGAGUGUGAAAAUGCACAUGAAAAAACACACUGGUGAAAAACCUUUUUCUUGUUCAAUCUGUGGUAAAGGUUUUACUAAAAGGCAAUCUUUGAAAAGACACAUGAGAAGACACCCAGGAGAGAAAGUGUUGAGUUGCAGUGUGUGUGGUGAAAGAUUGUCUUCUAAGUACCAGUGUAAGAAACACAAGUGUGCUGGUGAGAACAGCAGCAGCAAAUGAAACUGCAGGAUUUGAAAUAAACUGUCAAGACUUUAAUGUUGACUUUCUAACAACAUCAGCACAUAUAACAUGUGUGACAUCAUUGUUGUUUGUGUAACUAUCUUUUUAAUAUGCUCCUACAUUUAUAGAUUAGAUAGUUUGAAAUAUUGAAGUAUUCCAUAUUUGUAUUUCUACUUGGUAAUGAUCCCAUAGAUGAUCACCUUUAUAUGAUGUACAUAUGUACUGGUUCACAUGUGAAACAUCUUCUGGACCACUUCAGGAAGCAUAUUAUUAUUUACUUUAUACAUCAUUUGAACACUUGUCUUUUAUACCAUUUUAAAAUGUGUGACUUUAUGAAUUAUUUGUUGGGUCUCUAUAUUCCAUUUUAUUAAUGAUCUUUAUUACUCUCUUUUGUAAUAUGAUGAUUGUUUUAUAUGUAUGUCCCCAGACCUUUAUGCAAUAUAAAUUUGA